AUGCAAGAUCCUUUCGACUGUGUCGAGGACAUGCAUCUCUCCGACGCUUACACUGUCAUGCUCGGUGAUAAUGUAUCGCCGUAUCGCGAGGACGACAAGGCCGCGAAGAGGGCCCAGAAAGCACAACAGCUGGCCACGACCCAGGCAAAGCUUUCGCUCGACCAGACAUUGGCAACUUCGGCCACGUUCGAGCCUUGCAUCAACAAAAAAAUAAUGAACUCUGUUGCCAUGGCGCAGUGGGAGGCAAGACCACGGCAAUAUCGCUCGGAAGUUUGUCCCUCAGCUCAAGAGGAGAGGCAUCUUCGUGACGGCCUUGGGCAACCAGAGACAGGAACGAUUUUCGAGGAAAAAGAAGCACAAUACGUUAUUACCAAUUCAGCCCUUGCCGCUCGCCGUAUCUGCGUCUACCCCUCCAUCGAUGAGCCUUUUGGGGGAGAGGGUACGAGGCAAGACUGCGCGCUUGCGUGGAACGAUUUGCCGACCGAGGCGAAACUAGGUCAACUGAAUAUGGACCGCCGGGCUGCGUGUCUGGAAGUUGGCAUCUGGGAGAGGGCGGCCGAAACAGAGUGGACAAGAGAGGUCACCGACUUCAAGCGUCGGUGGGGCUCUAACCGGAGCGCGGAGGGAACGGCGCAGGUCGGGGAAUAG